AUGUCAAAUACUCCUGUCGAAGAGGAAGAGGAAGAGGAAGAGGAAGAAGACGAAGGCGAAGAAGAAGAUGCCUCUUCAGAGCCCGAAAGCGAUCCCGCUGAAAAGCCAGCCAUACCCGAGGUUAAGGAAGCGGGUUCAGAUGACAAAAAUUUGAAGAAUGAUGAUGCUGACAAGGAGGUUGGAGCAAAUGCUGGUGACCUGAGUGACCACACCAGUCUCCCUGAGGAUGAGGAUGCUGUGAUUAGCGACAAGGAUCUUAAUAAAUGUGGUAACAAAUCUCCAAACAAGGAACUUGUUGACAAUUCUCAAGAUAAACAUGAAGACAAUGCCCAACCAAGCGAUGACUCCAUUGAUGCUGUAGAUGAAGAAGUCCAUCUGCCUCCCUCUUCAAGCCCUACCAAGAAUACAGAUGAUAGUUCUUCAGAAGAUGAAGAAGAGGAAGAAGAUAAUGACAAGGAGAACAUAUAUCCAGGCAUUCAGAAAAAUGAUGUAAAUACCCAUCAACAACCUCGACGAACUCUUGCAAGUGAUUCAUGUCCAGAUGCUGCUGUCCUGAAAGACUUUCUAGACGUUGAAGCUGAGGAAGAGGACGACAGUGAUGAUGACAUGUCGAGGUUUAAGGACAACGAAGAAGAUGAUGGCGAUGAUGAAAAUGAAGUACUUGCUGCUCUGAUUGCUGCUGGAUUUGAAGAAGAAGAAGUAGAUCAUGAGAAACGUAAUGCACUCCACCAAAAGUGGCUUCAGGAUCAAGAUGCUGCUGAAACAAAUAAUUUCAUUCAAAGAUUAAAAUAUGGUCAUCAGGAGCAGAAAGUGUUGAUGGAGGAAGACGAAGAUGAUAUCGAAGACUGUGAGGAUGAAUCAGAAAAUGAAAGGUCACAUGACUUGACUCCAAAUAUUGUGCGGCAGAAUUCUGAGAAGGCAAAACAAAUGAUUGCCAAAAUGUUCACAGAUGAGAAUGACACUUAUGAACACUCUGAUGAUGAGGAAAUAGAGGAGCAUUUGGCCCGUCAACGUAUUUCAAAGCGAGAAGUUCAUAGUACUUCGUUCAUAUCUCCAUUGGAAGAUGACAGUUCAAGGGAAAUGUUUAGCCUUAUAAAGAAGCUCAAUAUUGCUCCUCAAGCCCCCAAGAGGAGGGGCAAGCAAGCCACAUCAAAUCUUGAAAUGCUUAUGGUCGGAAGUAACAGCAACUCAUCAUCAAAGUCUUCUUUUCUCGGCCGAACAACGAGUGGUCCAAUCUCAUCUUCUCAUAGAUCAACUUACAAAGGCUACAUUUUCGGUCGCGAUGACAGCAACAGCAACAGCAAGAGCUGCUUUGCAGCCUCUGAGAGUAACUCGGAUGUGGACCAGGUGAACCCCAGCCAAGCCAAGAAAGCGAAGUUCAGCAGUUCACAGACAAAGCCAGCCGCAUCAGGCACAAGCUCCGAGGGUGGCUCGACUUCAGGCGCCUCUCUGUUCGAGCUCCUGCGCAGGUCAACUUCCGCCGCCGAGAAGCAAGAGCACAAGCGCCCCGAAAGCUUCGGCAUCAUCACGGAGAGCCAAGCUGUGCACCAGUUCUCGGCGUUCAAGCUGUCAAGGAAGUUCUCCAAGAUAAGAGCAAGGAACUGA